AGGGCUGUAACAGAUCCACGAGACGGGCGAAGAGUUGCGUUGAAAAAGCUUCCAAAUGUUUUUCAAUCACUAGUCUCCUCGAAACGAGUUUUUAGAGAAUUAAAAAUGUUAUGUAAUUUCAAGCACGAAAAUGUAUUAUCCGCCCUUGACAUUCUGCAACCGCCUCAUUUGGAUUUCUUUCAAGAAAUAUACGUGAUAACCGAACUAAUGCAGAGCGACUUGCACAAAAUUAUAGUGUCGCCACAGCAGCUGUCGCCAGACCAUAUAAAAGUUUUCCUCUAUCAGAUCCUCAGGGGUCUCAAGUAUCUGCAUUCGGCACGAAUAUUGCACAGAGACAUCAAACCAGGAAAUCUACUUGUCAACAGUAAUUGUAUUCUAAAGAUUUGUGAUUUUGGUUUGGCCAGAGUAGAAGAACCAGAUGAGACCAAACACAUGACUCAAGAAGUGGUGACACAAUAUUAUAGGGCGCCGGAAAUACUGAUGGGAGCCAAACACUACACAUCAGCCAUAGACGUGUGGAGCGUCGGUUGUAUAUUUGCCGAACUCGUUACCAGGCGGAUACUGUUUCAAGGCCAAGACACGGUUCAACAAUUGGAAUUGAUAACGGACUUGCUCGGAACGCCGACUAUGGAAGACAUGGCCCACGCGUGUCCGGCCGCCCGUUCCCACAUGCUCAUACGACGUAUGAAGAAACCGUCCAUGUCUCUGUUGUACUCUUUGUCUACGUUGAUGACGCAUGAGGCAGUUCACCUGAUUUCCCAGAUGCUAGUUUUCAACCCGGACAAAAGGAUGUCCGUUAUGGACGCGCUGGUCCAUCCUUACAUAGACGAGGGCCGUCUCAGGUAUCAUAGCUGCAUGUGCAAAUGCUGUUUUACGGUACCGUUGACUGGUCUCCGGCAUUUCUGUAUGGAUUACGAACCGGUGGCGCCGCAAACGUUCGACGAUAAAUGGGAGAAGAAAAUGUCGAAUGUACAACAAGUCAAAGAGGAACUUCACAAGUUUAUCGGCGACCAGUUGAGCAGUCACCGAGUGCCUUUGUGCAUAAAUCCCCAGUCGGCGGCAUUUAAAAGUUUCUCAAGUGAUGUUUGAUCGGAGCAGACUGCCUUAUUUCCCUAUAUUUAUAUGUAUCUACAUUGUAUAUAUAUAUAUAUUAACGYGAUAACCGGAUCUCAAAUUGCGCCCCCCGAGACCGAGACUGAAUGAAUAUAACACAAUGAAAUUGAGACAAGAAGAUUAAACAAAAAAAAAUAUGUACAUAGUCCUGAAUUUUUUUCUUUUUUUGUAUGUGUGAGCAAAAUGCUUGAUUUUUACUUAUUUAGACGAUUGAAUGAAGCUCAGUACCCAACUUUCUUUUUUAGUACGUUUAUUUUCUUAUAAUUAUUAUAAUUUUAAAUUUUUUUUUUACCAACGAUGAAACUGAAUCAUUACACCACUAACCACUUAUUAAUGAUAUCAAGCUCUGAUUUUCGAUGUUUACUAAUAUUAUAUAAACGUACCUUUUUAUAAAUGUGAAAAAAAAAUUAUACUCUUUUUUAAAGAUAACUCAUCCGGUAAUGAUAUUAACAGCAUAUACAUAGACGUUAAACGCCAUCAGUUUUGAGACGUAACAUCACUUUAAACGGUYGUUAAACGUAAUGUAUCGAAAAUACGUGUAUUUUUAUUUUUUAAUUAUAUAUAUGUAAUAGUAACGCAGUAAAAGACGAAUACGACAACGCGCGCGUCUGCGCAGAAAAUACUUUUGUAAAUAACGUGUCCAAGUGUUUUUUUUUUCGUAAUGUAAAUAAUUAUUUGUACAAUUUAAAUGUGUAUUAUAAUAAUAUGUGAUUCGCACUUAAUUGUCAUGUACUUUUUCGCGAACCCGAAAAACUACCAUGCUGUAUAGUAAUAAUAGUAAUGUCACUAUUUUUAUUUUAUUUUUUCUCCAUUCAUUUCUGUAUUGUUCAAUCGACGUAUAUAUUAUUUUGUAUCCAAAAUACGCGUAAAUAACACAUACUGCAUACAUUCGGAGUGUUAGUUUUUAAGUAACCAUCUGUACGGGUCGGACUGUAAUAUUAUAAUAUAUAAUAAUAUAUACCUAUAUAUUUAUAUUAUUUCACAGAUUUUUGAAACAUGAUAUUUGUAAUAGCUGUGUGAAUUAUUAUUUUGAUUUUUUUUUUUUUAUGUUAACAUAAAUAGAGCGGGUGAUUUAUUAAAUUUAAAUAAUACA